AUGGACCCUGUAACCGCCCUAGGUGUUGCUGCUGCAUCAGUGCAGUUCGCCGCGGCCGCCGGCAAGAGUCUCCAGGUUGGAAUCCAACUGCUACGACGACUGAAAGAGACUCCAGGUCAACUGAGGGAACUACUAGACGAUGUCACCAAAUCGAUAGAUAGGAUCACCCAGCAGCAAGAGGCCAUCCUAGGCCCUGCUGCAAGUCUGAAGCACCGACUCACCCAGACACAAGAGCUCGAUCUUCGUGAAGCUGCCAAAGAUGCCGCUGAUGCAAUGGACGACCUCAAAGCUGUGCUUGACCGGCUCUUCCCGUCUCAAAAUGGACAGACUCAGUCUAUAGCUAGAAAGAUAUGGACUAGUCUUGUAUCGGUCAAAAAGGAAAGGGAGAUCAAAGGGAAGCUUGAAAGGAUCAAACGGCUGAAUGGAUCAGUCACACAUCAGCUUCAGCUUAUUAGUUUGAAUCUGCAUACUCAACACAUAGAAUUGUCAGAGCAAGUCCUUGCUGUAGUUAAGCAAGGCCAUACACAGACAGUGAGCCAACUCGAUGGGCUGAAAAGCCUCACAGAGGGUGUCCGUCAACAAACUGACGAGACUAAACUGAGCAUCAAUCGACUGGAUUAUCGUGUUAAAGAGCUGGAUCCAAAGUUGAACAAACUAGGCGGUUCGAUACAACAUACAUAUUCCCAAGUGAACAUGCUGAGCAGCCAGGUGGCAUUGAUACAAAACAACCUAUCUUCCGAGGUCACUGCCGUGGUACAACGCGAAUCAGACGCUACACGAGAAGAUAUUCGAGAGUUGCAAAAAGCUGUCAUGCUUGCCAUCAAUGGAACGCAACCCGGGUUAUCCGUCUCCGGGGAUAUGGUUACGGGGAGCUUGUCAAGUACGAGUAAAAUACAGCUAACAGGGCAGACACAACAAGAGCUCACAUCUGGUCACUCCAGUUUUCUGAUACCUGGGGGUAACAUAUGUGCUACAUAUUCUCCACCGCUACUACCACUGCCAUGCCGUUGUCGCACGCAAAGGAACAGAACGGUAAACGGGUAUGACCAGCUGUCUCUAAGCUAUGAAACAAUCCAGAGUCAUGAAUGGACAUGCCCAUUAAGUAAAUCCGCUAGAUAUACCUGGAAAUAUAGGUUGUCUGUCAGGUUGCUUCCAUUUGUGAAGAAGACGGUGGAAGUGGUGCUCGGGGGAACCGCUCAAGGUGGCGGGUUUCAGCUAACACGCCCAUUAUUAGUGGUACCUACGGUCAAAAGAUCCGAAUCAUAUAUCUUCCAGCUUUUUGAUAAGUUUCCAGGCCGGUGGACAUAUUCGAACAAUAACAUCCCCAAUCCUGAAGUCAUAAGAAAGGAAUUGCAGCGGCUUCGUCGAUCUGUCUGUGAAGCAGGACAAAAUGGCCUUGGCCGUAUCACCGACAGAGAUGAAGAUGGACAAACCUUCCUCCAUGCAGCCAUUUCUUUAACUAGAUGCCUUAGGGUAGUAUACCAUGAAGUGGCUGAUGAAAUUGACCUGCUGCUACAACUUGCCGAAGACUGCGGCGUGGACCCAGAAGCGACUACAACAUUUGUAUUGUUAGACUCGUUACCUCCACAAAUCCGCCGUAAUUAUUUCCAUUACGGUAAAUACCGCACCGUGGGAGAUGCCGCUCGAGAAUUUGUCAGGCUAGAGCAUGGUGAACUGAAACAGUUCUCGUUCCUCGAGCGUCUAUUCCGAUUUUGUUCCAAUGAUCGUGAACGCAAUAAUAUUAAAUACCCAGUCUCCUCAAUAUUCCAUCCCAAGUUUGCUGAUACGAAGUGUUCAGCAUUGGACAUGUUGCGACGCGAGCCUUGGAUAUCAAAAUAUUUUUUUGCAGGCAGAUUAUCACAGGCCAUACUUGCUAGGAAUAUUGACAGUCUAAAGCAAAUAGCCGACACAGUCAACAUAGAAGAGGAUGCCUUUGGUUUCAUGCCUGUCAAUGCCCUCGACCUUGCGCUUGGCUGGCCUGACGGCCUACGAUUUCUAUCUACUAUUUGGACUUGCAGCAUUAUUCCCACUAUUGGGUUAGCAGCCUGGAAAGAGGACCCAGAAUCGUUAGAAAUACUGCUCGCUUCCCCAGCCCCUCUCUUCAGAGACCGCGGAGAUGUACGUGCAUUCGUAGGUGCUGUCAUUAGCUCGGACACUCGUGCAAUCCUUAUCCAAGCAUUAAACCGACGACGCAAGCAAUUGACCGAACUAGCUAUUGAAUACCUGUCGGUAGAGGAACAGACCCGUUUCGGCCUCCUUGAACAAAAAACCCUAGACGCCAACGCUAAUAUGGUAUACAACCUCCUUAUGGACAGGUCUGUCCCGGUACCUCCAGGCUUAUAUCCCGGCCCACCUGGCUCAAUAUAUACCCUUUCAGCCCCUAUCUACACUAUAGAUUAUGACGAGUUUCUUCUGGUAACAAUAUUUGAAGGUUACUAUGAACUGUUUCUGGCAGGGUUUCGUGAUAUUGACGGAGGAACUACGCAUGAUGAGUCUCCCUUAAAAGAAAUUUACAGUUAUAGCCCAGAGCCAUACUCCUCCUUUAACUGUGUAGGAAUAAGCAGCUUAUUUCUAAAAAUGGGUGCUUCACCAAGAUUCCACACCUCAGCUGGCCUUAGCAAUUUAUUGUUCAGCAUUGCAAAAGAUGCUCCUUGGAAACUAUUGAAAAUGGAACAUCAUUUGUCGAGGUUGAUUGAAUAUGCAGCCAGCCUAUUUUCACCACUAGAGUCAGACCAGUGUGUUUGCUUCUGUUCCUCGAAUGGGUGUUUACCAGUGCAUUUUAUUGUUCGCAGGUGGAAUGUACCGAUGGGAGCCACGAAAUGGAUAAAGAUAUGUGGCCUCGAAGGCGAUGAAAACGAGCUAUACUUUGAGGAGGCCCUUCGCGCAGUACUUUUCGAUGCUCUAGGCAUGGUUCACACUUGUUGUCAUUCUAGAUAUUGGGUGCAAGGAGAUGGACCGCUGAGUGAUGCGGAAAUAAGAGAGAUUCAAGGCGAAUACUCAGAGAUGGCGGUGCAGCUUGAUUUGCUGAUGGCCUCGUAUAGAGGCGCCAGGGAAUCAAAGUCACUACCUCCAACCGGCUCCGCCUUGUCUGGAAAGCCUAUAGGAGGAUUGGGUAAGGAAUGUGAUGUGCCGGAUCAUCGAAGGUGGUGGCGGUCCAAGGCGGAACAAAUACUACCUGAUUUUAGCUCGGGCUUAAUGUGCGGAGACGAUAUCCAAAGGAUGGCCUUGCAACAAAGAGGAUAUAACGGCUUGGAUUUUGCUGAUGUUAUCCGGAAGCACUUUGCUGGAUAUAUUUGCUCAGAGCCGAAAUACCCGGGAGAUAAUGGGCUACGUGAUUUGGUUGCUAGUGAUAUCGAGAAGGCGCGAAACAAUUUCGUCCCAAGGCCCAAGCCUGAAUUAUUAGAUGAGAUCCUCAUCUCACACUACCAGCACCUGGAACCCAACGUUCCUUUGUGGUAUAGGGACGAGACGGACGAAAAACCCUUGAAACCUUUUCCUGGUAAGACAGGGAUAUCAGGUCAUAGUUCUCCAAGGGCGCUGGAAAAAUCGCUACGUAUAAUUGCCUAG